AUGCAGCUCUCCACAGCUCUCCUCGCCGCCGCCGCACUCGCUCUUUUCCCCGAAUUCACCGUCGCAGCCGGUGGUGAAUGCAUCGUCAAGCUCCACGACCCUAACGGCAAAGUCGUGAGCUGGUUCAUAGCCCUGGCAGGUAAGCGCGAGAUUAAGAAAGAGGCUACCUUCUCGUGGAGCUGUUCGACAAAUAGUGAGACUUGCGAGGCUGAAAUACCACUAUGCAUUGUGCCCAAAAACUUCAAACCCGUGGGCGAGCACUACAAGGGUGAAACCCCCAAGGUGGCUACCUGA